GCCGGCUUUACUGGCUAUAGUCAUAUAAGCUCAGCCCCCAGGAAGAGAUAGCUGAGUUGCUGCUCCUUUUUGAGGAAGCUCUGAUUCCAUAGAAACGGUCUGUCCUCAGAAUACACGAUUUUGAUAGCUGGCACCGUUAACCUAUAAAGGCAAGAUGAAUUUGGAGGAGUACUUCAAAAGAAUUGGUUUCCAUGGCUCAUAUGAGAAACUGGAUCUUGAAACACUGAAGCUGAUCCACAAACAGCACAUCAUGUCCAUUCCUUUUGAAAACCUCAGUAUUCACUGUGGUGAGAGGAUCGUCAUGGACCUGGAGGUAAUUUUCAAUAAGAUAGUGAGGAGUGGACGUGGAGGCUGGUGCCUUGAGAACAACUCCCUGUUUGGCUGGGUGCUGAGAGAGAUGGGCUACAACACUACGACUUUGGGCUCCAAAGUUUUCAACAGCACCAUCAAUGACUUUGGCCCUAAUGACACUCACCUGAUCAACAAGGUCGUCAUUGAUGGAAAAGCUUACAUAGCAGAUGUAAGCUUUGGGGUGUCGUCCCAAGUCUGGGAGCCCCUGGAGCUCAUCUCUGGAAAGGACCAACCUCAGGCAGCGGGGGUCUUUCGUCUCAUAGAGAAGGGGGACUUCUGGGUCCUGGAGAAAACUGGUAGAAAGCCAGAGGUUGUCAAUCCAGAGUUUGCCAAAUCAAGUCUGGUAAACAGGAAGGAAACAAAGCAGAUAUACGGCUUCAGCCUGGUGCCUCGAGAGGCUGAUCAUUUCUUUGAGACGAACCACACACUUCAGACAGAUCCCAGUUCACUGUUCACUAAUAAGUCUAUCUGCUCUUUGCAAACACCUGCAGGAUUCAGAGCCCUGAUUGGCUGGACCUACAGUGAGGUCACCUACAAACCAGAGGAAGGUGUUGAUGUCUUCAACAUGAAGGACAUACCAGAUGAGGAGAUAGAGCAAAUUCUGAGAGAAAAGUUCAAUGUAAAGUUGCAGAACAAGCUAAAGCCUGCAAGCAAGAAAGAAUGCUACACACUCUGAAAAAUCACAGGUAUUCUGUCUUUAAAUUAUGCUGGAGUGACAACCUGUGCUGAUUUCAUGACUGACCAGGUAAAGCAGCUUGUCACGGAAUCAUCUAUUUAACAUUAAGAGCUAUCUUUAUUGAAUUAUCCAUCAAAGCAAUGCAGUUUUGAAUAGACUGCAGUCUAAAUUUUUUAUCCUCCAAUAAAACAAAAAGGGUGUUAGACUUAUUAGAGGGAGUGAAUUGCAGAGGAAAUCCACUACAGGUUUUACUCUUCCUUAAGUCACCAAAAGAUGGGAGGUUUUGUCAGUGUUGUGCCCUGUCAUUAAAGAUCUAUUUAAUGCGGCAUUGUGUCAAGGUUAGUGUGUGGCUGACUGAUGGAGCCCACAGGAUACAUCGGAGAGCUGGUUUGGGUUAUAUCCAGAUUACACACCAAGGAAAAAUUAUUUUCAGUUUAAUAAAAUCUACGUCAAAAAGUAAUGUUGAUACGUAACUUGCUUAUACCAAUGUGAACUGCUAAGCUUCGAUUCAUAUGUUAUCAUGUUAAUGUCACCCUGAAUGUCCUUGACUUAGUCUCAUCUGCAUUCUAUGUACUCACUCAUAUAUUAUUAUCAUCAUCAUUUUGUAUCCUUUUCUUCUGAAAUAUGGCUGAGUUUGUGGUUUUGUAAGAAGACUGGAGGUGGAAAUUGAGCUCCAUGACGAGAGUAAGUAGGAGUACUGUAUUAAAAAUCUGAUCCUCUGCUUGUCAUUUCUUAUCACAGACCAGCAAGUGUUGAAGUAAUCUCGAUUAUGUUGUGUUUAUAACUACAAUCGAGGACCCUGUGUGGGCCACUGCCAGGGGAGUCCUAUUAAAACUAUUUAAACUCA